CAGGUUCUGAUAUUCUGGAGUCGAUUCUCCGUACGAAUGGAUAUGUCGCGUCCGAACGUUUCUCGACGCAGCUCGCUCGGUGACCGGCAAAGGCUUCACCCAAAUAUCACCACUCUCAAGAUGGACCCUUUCUUGGUUUACGCGGACAAUGACCGUGUACCAUCCCCGACCAACUCCUUUUCAAACUACUCGUGUACCCGGGUCUACAAAUCUAUGCAGUGGUCACUUUCUUCCACUUCGCGCCCGCUCUGGAGACAGUUACAUUGAUCAGAGAGAAGUUGUGAUUCCAGCAAUUGAUAAUCAAAGAUAUCAUAGAUAAGUGCUUCACUGCCUCACUUCGUGUCGAAACAAUUACUCCACGUCCAAUAAUAACGAUGCACUUUUUGUUACUAUGACGACAUUGGAGCUGCUAUUUUGGUAUGUGAACAUCACUGUCUUUGACUAUUGCCACUAAGCUACAGCCUGUGCUUCGUGCUUGCCAUCCUAGAAGGUGUUAUUUUGUCUGACUGGCUGUACCAUAACACCG